AUGUUUUGUUAUCGAAUGGAUAUUCUGUCGUACAUUCGAGUACUCUGUCAGUCGCGGCAGGAUACCGCGACGCCGAAUAAGAUCAAGUAGUUUCGUUCCUCUUCUCCAAAAUCGGAAUUUUGAAUGGAGCCCCUCUCCUCGUCUUGUGCGCUAGCACAGCAGACAUGGGGGCUCGAGAACAACAUCAUUCCUAUGGACACUCCAACUUCUACCGACCAAGCUUCCGAUUCCAUCUUCUACUACGAUGAGACCGCCCAGAACGACUUUCAGAGUGAGAAGCCUUGGGUCAAUGACCCUCACUCCUUCAAGCGUGUUAAGAUCUCCGCCGUCGCUCUCCUCAAGAUGGUUGUCCACGCUCGCUCCGGCGGCACCAUUGAGGUCAUGGGUCUCAUGCAGGGCAAAACCGACGGUGAUGCCAUCAUCGUCAUGGACGCCUUUGCUUUACCUGUUGAAGGCACCGAGACUCGGGUUAAUGCCCAAGUUGAUGCCUAUGAGUACAUGGUUGAUUAUUCUCAGACAAACAAGCAGGCUGGCCGGUUGGAGAAUGUUGUGGGAUGGUAUCAUUCUCAUCCUGGUUAUGGAUGCUGGCUUUCGGGAAUCGAUGUAUAUACGCAAAUGCUAAAUCAGCAGUUUCAGGAACCCUUUAUAGCUGUUGUUAUUGACCCUACAAGGACUGUUUCUGCUGGGAAAGUUGAGAUUGGAGCGUUCAGGACAUACCCAGAAGGACUUGAGCCUCCAGAUGAACCUAUCUCUGAGUAUCAAACCAUCCCGCUCAACAAGAUUGAAGAUUUUGGUGUCCAUUAUAAACGGUAUUAUGCAUUGGAUAUCACUUACUUUAAGUCAUCUCUUGACUCACACCUCUUGGAUCUGCUAUGGAACAAAUACCGGGUGAAUACACUAUCAUCUUCUCCUUUAUUGGGUACUGGAGAUUGGGUUGCAGGACAAAUCUCAGAUCUAGCUGAAAAGAUAGAACAAGCUGAGAAUCAGUUGUCGCAUUCACGCUUUGGACCACUGAUACCUCCUGCUCCUAGAAAGAAAGAAGAAGAAUCUCAACUUGCUAAGGUAAAUCGCGACAGUGCAAAAAUAACAGUGGAGCAAGUACAUGGUCUAAUGUCACUGGUCAUCAAGGACAUCCUUUUCGACUCUGUGCGUUAGGCUAACAAGUCCCAACCUGAAACAUGGGGCCCUGAACCAAUGAUGGAAAGCUGAUUAUGACGUUUAUGCCUGCUAAUAGGCAAUAGACGAACUGACAGAAAAUUUAGCGUUUCAUUUUGCAAGCAUUGUUGUGCCAGCCACGUAUAUCCCUGUUUUUCUUUCUCAGGAUGAGCUGCCUUCAUUCUUUUGUUCUUUGGUCCAAUCCAUGUUGGUAAUCAUGGAAGCCUGUAGGUAAACUAAGUUAUCAACAUCAUGAACUCAUUCAUUCAUCUAACAGAAACGAAAAAUGUGUCUAAUGUGAUGUUUAACAUACAAAUGAUUUUGAUA